AUGUCAUUAGCGCGGGUCCGGAAAAAGCGUCAUGGUGCUGCUGUUGCUGCAUCAGCGACGGCUAUACCUGAUGACAUUACUCGUGCUCGUUCCGAUUCUGAUGUGGAAUUUCCUUUUGACGCAGAACAAAAAUUACAUAUUGAAGACCGGUCUUUAAAAAAAAGAACGGCGUUCACUAAGAAUAUUUCUAGUGGUGAUGACGAAGCACAGGGCGUGGGUAAGGCAAGUGAUGGGAAGGAAAACGGUAAGAAAAGAAAACGAUCGAGCGAAGAAGAAGACUUCUCGGCAAAAAAGUCAAAAAGCGACGAGAAGCCAAAAAAGGCUUUUCAUGAACCGGGAACUGUUGUGGCAGUGUUUGACGAUGCUUCAAAAAAAGGAACUUGGAUUCCUGCUGUUGUCGUUUCUUCGAAAGCAUUCGGAAAUUUUGCAAAAGGAGGCGUAACACUAGGGAGGAAUGAGAUACCUUUGAGGGCACUAAAUAGGCAAUCAAAAAGUUUCUCUUCACCGCUUGCAUCACUGAUGUUUCUCCAGUCUGCACCCUUGAGGAGUCUUGAUCCAGCUCACAAAAGUGCUGUUGAAAGAGCUAGUGGCUUUGCUGAGAAAGGAACUUUUCCUAUGAACUGGGAACGUAAUCACAUAUUCGACGAUGAGAUAUUGAGUAUCAAAGGCCGUAGGGAGUCUUCAGCCUCCGUGAAUGACUCAAAAAAAGAUCAUUUGGAAGACAAGAAGAAGGAGAAACCAAGAGCGGGGAAGAAAUAUGUUAGAAGUGCUUCUGUAGAGUCCUCAUCUAGUGAAAGCAGUGAGGAGGAUGAAGAGUAUGGUGAAGAAAGAGAUCAGUUUAUUGCGCAGCUGUACAAGUUUCAUGAAGAGAGAGGGACACCAAUAAACCGAGCUCCUAUCUUGGGUGGAAAGGACAUUGACAUGUUUCGCCUAUAUCAUUUGGUUCAGGCGAAUGGAGGAAAGAAACGUGUUACAGAAAAUAACAAGUGGAAAAAAAUUAUGUGCAAGCUGCAUCUUGAUGGAUGCCAGGGCGCCAAUCCUCGAAAAGUUCAAAACGCAUAUUCUAGGUACCUUGAUCAUUUCAACACUUUCUAUAAAAAUCUGGGGUUGGCCAGUUCAAAUUGGUUCAGUUCGACUUCGUCAAGAAGUGGUCGUCAAAUUCGAUUAUCAGAUCGUGAAGCUGAACAGUAUCACCAGAUCCAUCUUCCUCAAUUCAUUUUCAUUGUUUUGAUUUAG